AUGCCGGGUUCAAACAUGAAGCGAAAACAGGCGCCGGUCUCGGAUGAGGAACUAUUGGUACACGGCAGUAACGGCCAGGAGUCGUCGCACGAUGCGGGCGACAGUGCUCUGAGAGCAAAGAGGGCACACAUCGAGGCCGAUCUGGCUGCCCUUGAUGAUGCAGUCCCGCCGUCCGAUAACGACGCGGAGACGGAGGAUCUUGAAGCUCGUCGCGCAAGCACACAUGAAAAGUACAAUGCUUUGAAGACGUACAAGGGCCAAUACUACUCAGGCAUGGCAGUCGGUGGAUCUCACACAUGGAAUUACGACCCUGGUGUCUGGCAUGAAGUCAAACAGGAGCCUGACCUGUGGAAGAUUGACUUCAACACAAAAAAAAGAAGGGCUAGAAAAGCUCCAACGGGUAGCGGCGCACCUGUAGGAACUGAGUACCACUGGCUAAUUUACGUCAAGAAAACGGACGCAAACACAUACGAGACGAUUUUAAAGGGCUCAAAGUACAAGCUAUGCCACAAGGGAGCAGAAUCCAACAGUUGGUCGGUGCCAACCGUUAAAGGGCAGCGAGAUCGCGAGAUCGAUCUUCUCGAAGACGCAAAGAGGCGUGUCCUGGAAUUGCCACCAGUUCUUGCUAGCGAAAAGGUCAAGGUUACCAACGAAGAAAAGGGACAGCAGAAGCUGGAUGACCUGCUCCGAAAAACAAAAGAUUAA